GCACAGCAACAGGUUGGAGUUGCUGAAGCUUCUGGAGCUUGAUUUAACUGUGGCGUCCACUUUGCAAAGCUGAUACGAUUUGAGUGUCUGCGAGUUCAGUUGAUGGACAAAAGCACUGUGGACGAAUUUUGUGCAAAAAGUUACUUGGCAUGUUUUUAGAGUUUUUUUUAGGGAAGUGGAGCAUCCUCGAGCGUCAAGGCAACCAUCAAAGUUCUUUAAAACUUUUUUGUUCGCCUUUUCAGCUCACUGUUGGCAACUUGGAUGCUUGAGGGGACCUCCAGUAGAAAACAGUGAAUAGAAACAAAACUUUUUGUCCGGUGAAGCAUCACCACAGGGUUUACAGACCAGAAGCUUGUGACGCCUCUCGGGUUCUUCGGCAUGUUUGCCGCGGCUCUCCUCCUCGCAGCGCUCUGCGUUUUUACGCAUCUGGACACUUUUACGCACGGGUGCCAGCUCCCGUCCGAGUGGCGGCCGCUGAGCGAGGGCUGCCGGGCGGAGCUGGCGGAGAUCAUCGUGUACGCCCGGGUCCUGGCGAUCCACCGGGAGCCCCUGGGCGGCGGGGCAGGCAGCCUGUACAACUCGCUGCCCUUCGGGUUCGGGUAUGGGUACGAGGGCGCGGAGGAAGGGCUGCUGUACUCCGCGGAGGUGGAGCUGCUGUGCGACCAGGCUUGGGGCAGCAUGCUGGAGGUGCCCUCUGGAUCAAGACUUAACCUGACCGGACUGGGUUACCUGUCCUGCCAGUCCCACACCGUGAUGGAGAACUACUCCUACUUUUUCUUCCUCAGGAUGGACGAGAACUACAACAUCCUCCCCCACGGCGUCAACUUCCAGGACGCCAUCUUCCCCGACACGUCCGAGAACAGGCGCACGUUCUCCAGCCUCUUCCAGUUCUCCAACUGCACCCAAGGCAGCCAGCCUUUCCACACCUUCAGCCCGGAGUGGGACACCCAGGAGGACAGCAGGCUACUGUGCUCCUCGGUGCAGGCCGCGCUGUUCGAGGAGGAGGAGCGAGGCCGCAAGCUGCAGGAGCGCCUGGCGGCGGCGGAGAGGAGGAACCGGCAGCUGAAGGAGCGCGUUCGCAAGGUGAAGCGCUCGCUGAGGAACACCCGCAAGGCCGCACGCAGGGCCGAGCAGGAGGCGCAGGAGCUGCGGGAGAAGCUGAAGGCUGCGGAGUGGAGGGCGGGGCAUCACCUCAACGCCAUAACGCAGGAGGAGCCUCCGCCCGGGCGCUACGCGAGCACGGCCAUGCGCCAGCGAAUGCAGCUUUAACCAAUCCCACCCGCCCCAAACUGCCACCCACCUGGACUGAAAACUGGCUGUGGAGAGCGAGGGACUGCUGGGCGGUCUCUGUGUAAGGGACAGACAAAUAGCAACUGUCACAUAUGAGUAAACACACUUUUAAAGUCAUAAUCUCUAUAGUUUUCUUGUAAAUAAACUACUCUUUCUCUCUUUUGUAACCCUGAUUGUUAUAGACAAUCAAACGAUUGUUUUCUCGAUGAGGCGGAGCACUGCUUAAGCACCGCUGCCUUCAUGACCUGGACUCAGCUGCUGCUCAGAGCUCCUCAGCGACAACACUGAUGCAUUACUCCGUUUGCCACCCAACCUGAAGUUAAAUUAGUUAAAGUUUUAAAACAAAACAAAACAAAAAGUGACAAAAAGAAGUUCAUAAAUCAGGCAGGAAUACAAGUCAGGCUGAGUUGCAUUAUGGGAAGUGUAGGAUCCAGUGUUUAAAAGUCUCAGCCUCUGCUGCAUCGAAUGGGUAACCAUGCUCAUUAAAAAGAGUGGCCCAACAGUAUAGCAUAGUAAAUCACAGGACUGUGCUUUUAAAUCUAAUAUUUCUUUUGUUUUUGUGAUCUGAACACAAUUCCCAAAAAUGGGAAUUUCCUGACUCCAGUGCUUAGCUCUGCACAAACUAAUUUUCUGGCCCUUUUGCACAAAAGAGCUGCAAACGUAAUAAUUCUCCGUGGGUCCGUCACUAUGAGCGACCCCUCCCACGAUACACACAGUGAUUUGACCCAUUGUUGGUAUAAAAAUGCUGAUUGUAGCAGCUUUAGGUAGCUGAAAGGCUCUGAGUGGCAUUUUUAGUCUUUUAGUUUUUGCAGCGUUGCAUAUUGAAAACAAAGAAAAGACACAUUCAAAAUUGCCUUUUACAUGAAGCAAUGAGAGGCGUUGCAUUUAAUUCAGUAAUGUGAUUUAUCUGCUAUUUCUUCAACUGAAAUUACAAGCAGAGAGUGGUGCAACUGAGGAGAUGUUUGAUUCAUUUGUUAUUAAUUUGAGUUUUUUAAACGUCGGCUUGUAUGUGGACGUUUUUUUGUACGAGUGUUUUCCUGCAUAUAA